AUGCUCGAGGGGGAGCCUGAGGACCUGCGCGGGAUGCUGAUGUCCGGGGAGUCGGACGUGGAGGCGGCGGCGCGCGCGGCGCUGCGCGCCCAGUGGGCGGCGUCGCUCGCGGCCCACCCGGACACGCCGGACGAGCAGCUGCGGCGCGUGGGCGAGCGGAGGCGCGCGGCGACGGAGCAGCGCUGGCUGGAGCAGGUCGAGAGGGUCGAGGCGGCCGCCGACUACCGCAAGAGGAUGAUGGCGGUCCAGCGGGAGAUGCAGAUCCGCGAGUUCCAGGAGAAGCGCGAGGAGUACAACAUGACGCUGGAGGCCGUUGAGGAGAUGCUGAUGGAGGAGCGCGACAUGAUGCUCCGGGCGCAGAUGGACAACCUGCUGGCGAGGGCCAGGGCGGAGAUCACGAACGAGGCGCAGUGGCACGCCGCCGUCGGCAUCGCAGACGCGUGGCGGCGCAGCAGGCUCGAGGCCUACCAGCCGUACGCCGCUGCCGAAGCCAGGCUGGCCGCAGAAAGAGAGAUGCUGAAGCAGAGGAGGCGCAGGUACAAGACGCGGCUGCGGCCGGGCCCGCAGAUGAGUCCGCUGGAGGAGGCCCAGGUGGACGUGUUCGACGAGUCGCCGCCCGGCGAGCUGCCGGCGCCGGCGCUGCCCGUCUUCGACCGGCCGCCCCCGUCCUUCGACUCUCGGCCCAUCAGCCUCCUGGACGACUCCCCGCCACUGGACCUGCAGGAGUCCCCGCUGCUGGACAAGUACAGGACGCCCGAACAGGUGACGCCGGAUCAGUCGAUGGAGCAGUGGUACUCGUCCGAGCGGGGAGCAGGGAGAGGCGCUCGGAGGCGGCUCGUCUUCGACGACGAGGACGAAGACGACGACGACGACGACAGCGACCUGUUAGAUGAUCUGGCGCCGUUGCAGCGGAUUGUCAACAGCGCAGGGCGAAGAUCAAUGGUGGAUGAUACGAUGCCUCCAGGCCUCGAUGACUAGGAUGGAGUAUAGAAGUUCUGCACUCAGGAUUCGCUGGAGGCUGGUACUUCCUGUGACGGAAACGACUGAGCAAAGCUUCUUCGUCUCUAACGCGCAGAAGAUGUUUGUCGUCAUAUCAGUAAAAGAAAAUGUCCUGAAUCGUUGAAUUUAGCGGGUGUUAAACUUCUGUCUGCUG